UAAACGAAAUAAGUUGACCCGUGUCUCCGCGGUCGAGCGCGCUCGUUCUGCUCGAAACGUCCGAGCACGAAAACGUUACGUUGGUGGUUUGUCGUAAAUUGAGUUACGUCUCGUCGUACGGCUCAAACGGUUUCGUCGUGUAUGGUACCCUGUGUGUGUGUGUAUAUGUGUGUGUCAAUGGUUCGUUAUUAACGGUACAGUGUGGCCUGGUACAUCAGAAGAUAAAUUAUGAUGGUCUGAUCGCGGUUCCAACAUGACUGUGGAUUUCGCCGACUACUUUUGGGGCGAAAAGAAUAAUGGAUUUGACGUGUUAUAUCAUAACAUGAAGCAUGGUGUAGUCGCAAGUAAGGAGUUGGCUGAGUUUUUGAAAGAACGAUCAGCCAUAGAAGAAAACAAUUACAAGCUUCUUAGCAAGGUAGCUAAGCAAGUUGGUAAUAGCAGUGGUACCCAAGGAACAUUUGCACCUGUUUGGGCUGCUCUAAGAGGUGCAGCAGAAAAACUUGCAAGUUUGCACUUGCAGAUGGCCCAAAGGGUCGCCGAACUAAUCAAAGAUGUAUCAAAAUAUGCAGAUGAAUUGCAUAAAAAACAUAAGGCUGUAAAAGAAGAAGAGUCAUCCACCUUGGAAGUUGUACAAAGUAUACAAAGCAUUACCGUGACUUUGCACAAAGCGAAAGAUAUGUGUAUGCAAAAGGGUCUGGAAUUGGAAAAGUUGAGGAAAGACAAUGCCAGCCAGAAAGAAUUAGAAAAAGCAGAAAUAAAAUUUAAAAAGGCACAGGAUGAUUAUAAAACUUUGGUAGACAAAUACAUGGUCAUAAGAAACGAUUUUCAAACCAAAAUGACUCAAGCAUGCAGGCGGUUCCAAGAUGUAGAGGAGACUCACUUGAAACAUAUGAAGGAGUUUUUAAAUAUUUACGCAGAUGUCUUGCAAACAAAUCAUGAACAAGUUGGUCAGGUCCAUAUCGAUUUUAAACGUCAAUGUCUGGACAUGACUGUGGACAAGUUACUAGAACAGUUUGUUCAAAGCAAGUAUACAGGUUUCGAGAAGCCAGGUAUGAUCGAAUAUGAAGAAGUCAUGACAAAUUUGGCAGACCUGACCAGUCAUUCUCAAUCGGAUAGCACGGUUGAAACACCCAAGGAAACAUCAAAAGGAGCUAAUGGAGAAACAGGAGUUGCUGGUAACACUCACAGUUCAAAAAAAGAUCAGGGAUUAAAGGGGGAGGGUAAUCAGGUGGAUGAGGAAAAGGGGAGGGUACAAGAAAAAGAAAACGAAAGACUGAAUGAAAGGGAUAGAGAACUGUCACAUGCACAAGCCACCAAGGCUUCCCGCCGUACUACCUCGCUACUCAACCUGUUCAUGUCCAACUCCCAGGACAAACAGAAGCAAGCAGGGUCUGGUUCGGCACCUGCAACUCCUCAGGGGAACAACCUGCCUCCUGCUGUUCCACCUCCCAGCAUCUCCAGGAACCCUCUCAGAGGAUCUAAAUUGGUAACGCGUAUUAUGGUUCCUCCACUCUGCACUCUUUUAGAUCAGCAGUGGUUUCUUCGCAGCAGGAGAGAAAAGCGCAAGGAAAAGAAGGCAAAAAAGAAGAAGGAUGUCGUGGAAACGAACAGCAACAAAGAAGAAAAGUCUGACCUGGAGGACAAGGAGGACAGCAGAAAGUCCGAAACACCGACACCGGAAGUGGACGAAGACGGUUUUUGUAUCCGACCAAAAUCAGAUCCGUGGGAGAACGAGAAGGGAUUUUAUUCCAGCUCGGAUACCGAUUCCGAAGACGAGAGGGAGAGAAAGAUCAGGGUGGAAAUAAAGCCUCUCAGCAAUGGCGGAGCACCGAUGAGUGCCAGCGUAGACGAGCUAAGGGCAACGGUGGAGAAUUUAUCGUUAUCGCCUGCACCCACGGGACGCAGAGGAUCGAACACCGACUCUGAUCACCACAUGAAAAGGUCUCAGUCAGUGUCACAGCAAUUAGGAGGUAAGCCAAGCUCAGAUUUACUUGGCCUAAACUUGUUCAAUCCCAGCAGUACACCUUCGAGCGCCUCGACGCCGACUGGUAGUCAUCCGUACGCGCCAUUGCAAAGUCCUCCGCCACUGUCUUCGUCACCGACGCCUCAACCACAGCCGCCACAAUCCGCACCACCUACACACCCUCACUCGCGGUUCCCUGAUGGAGACUUGUUCUCGGAAGUAGGAGACAUCACUCCGGCCUUACCCCCAAAGCAAUCCGCAUCUUCCACUCCGACAGGAUCUAUUAUCAUUCCUAGACCGCCGUCCCGACGAGGUGAAGGCCCCUCUCCAAGGGGUAGGUCGUCGCCAGCGACGAUAUCGAGAGCGGAUAGCGUGGCCAGUUUGGAAUUUCGCACCGCUGGCGUGGGGGUCGGUUCUUCCAGAGGUCCUUCUCCGCUGACGAUCGGCCUCGCGGAUACGAUUCCUCUGGCGGUUGCCUUCCAUGAAAUAGUACACUCUUACUUUAGGGGUACCGACGAGACUCGAUGUCAGGUGAAGCUCAGCGGGGACAUGAUGUUAUCGUUUCCCGCCGGUAUCGUUGCCGUGCUAGCGAACAAUCCAAGUCCAGCAAAGUUAACGUUUCGAGUGAGAAACAGCAGCAGACUGGAAAAAUUGUUUCCUAAUAAUCAGCUCGUCAGCAUGGAUGCCACGCAGACAACCGUCGAAAGUACAAUUUUCGAAUUCAACAUGAGUGCCUUAACUACAUUGUUACGUAAACAGGCUGAACAAAAUCCCACAGCUUCCUAUUUUAACGUCGACAUACUCAAGUAUCAAAUCAAGUGUAAGGAGGGCGCGGGCUCUUGUCCUUUCCAGUUAGUGGCGUAUUGGAAGUGCGAGACAACACACACUGACCUUAGGAUCGAUUAUAAAUACAACAGUCGCGCCAUGGCUUCCCCGAGCCCUCUGCUAAAUCUCCACGUGGCAGCGCCCAUAGACGGUGGUUUCAAAUCGUUGAACAGUAAGCCACAGGCUCAGUGGUUAGCGGAUACGAAUCGAGUAUUAUGGAAGUUCACAGAGUUGUCUCAACAUAGCGAGGGUAACGGCGUGGGCUCUUUGAAAGCGCGAGUCGAGCUCGCACAUGGGCCAGGGAAUCAAGGAACGAUAUUUACUCAAUUCAAUUGCGAGGGGACCACAUUGUCCGGAGUUGAAUUCGAACUUCUGGGCCCAGGCUAUAGGUUAAGUUUAGUAAAGCGCAGAUUUGUAUCAGGAAAGUACAUAUGCGACGGAGAUUCCGAUUCAAGAAGCAGAUACGCCGCACCGCCAUCCAAUGUGGAUUGACGACUUCCAGAAUGGGCGCCUCAAUGGGAGAGUCUGCCCAUUUAAUAUUGGUACUUGCUUGUUCAUUCACUGCCCAUACCACGACUAAUGUCUGUUCAAACACGAAAUCGGCGUGGGAAAGCCUGUUGGAUACCAAAGAACGCGUGCGAUAUGAUAAAGUUGUUCGAUAUACGAAUAGUUUGCAUCAAAGCGGCAAGUAAGCACGAUGCUUUGUUAAGUCUUUUCAACGAAUGAGAACGAUGUCGCGUACCAAAUAAUAGAAGGGAGAUCGCACCUUCACUUAUCGCGAACGAUAUCGAAAGGAAAACGUAGUUGGACUUUGCAAUUCACUCGCUACCUGAUGAACGGCAUUCUAAUAUGUGUUUCAUAUCUUGCGUGGGAUUUAGUACACCUCACAUAACCUCAAUUCGCAGGUCAGCUUUACGACUUUUCUCUAGACACGGGGUGUUCCCUUGUACGAGGACAGUUUCCCUAACUCAAUCAUUUUUUUUUUCUCGCACUUCUAUCACGCUUAUGUAUUUUUCAAUUGUCUACAAUAUGUCCUCGGUUAGAUAGUACUAUUUUUCGUAAUGUUUCUACGACGCGUAACGAAGUACGUAAUACGAUGAUUCGCAUAAAGCCUUUGGUGUCCAGCAUAUUUUUCGCCACGACAUUCUCGCCAUAUUAUUGUGUCUAUAUAAUCAAAAUACGUUAUAAAUUUUUUUACGUAAACAAAAAAAAAAAACAAAGAUGCAAGAACUCUCUAAAGAAACCAUCAAACAGUACAACGUUUUAUUCUAUUGUUAUAUCUUGCGUUAUUUUAAUAUAGUUAUUAGUACUGUAUCAUUAAGAGAUUUUGUGAAGAAGAAAUGUAAAGGAUCUGUAAACGCCAAUCUUCUGUACAUUUAGCAUUUAUAUUUUGCACGAACAGGGGUCAAUGUCGCUUGUUAUAAACCUAUCACAGAGUCCUACCCCGAUCUGUUUGUAUAGCUAUACGCGUGCGUAAGAAAAAACUCGUGCAAAAUUGAUGAUCCAAAAACAAAAAGGAAGAGGAGAAAGGCCACAGAAUUGUUUCGUUUUGUGAUAAUUUGUUCAAUUUUUCUACGCAACGAUUUCUGCGUACGCUCUAUUAAAUAAGUCCGAACGUGUAAGAAUUUUGCUCCGAAUAGAGAAGAUAGCCGUGUAGGGCGUAAGAAUGAACGUUCUCACAUGUUUCUGCUUGCUGAAAUUCGAUAACUGCAAAAUUAUUCUUCAACAAAGAAAAAAAAAAAGAUACAGAUGAAAACGUUUUAACGAGACGAGAUUUUAGCGUUGUAACGAUCGAAACGUCCGCAUGUUCCGCAGUUUCGCAAGUGUCUCUCACAGUCUUCUGGACGACGAUUAUUUCGUCGUUUCCACGAUCGUAAAUUAAUCCAGUAUUUCUUGCUACAUUUAACUUAGAGUAACUCGUUUCGGUGGGGUUCACUUGGGCCACCGGUUCGCUUUUAAGAAGCAUACUAACUUCGAGGACGUUAACAUAGUCUUCUCAACCCUUCUCAACGGGAAUCGAAUAUUCUAUCUAUUAAUGUUUUUACCAAUUUUUUUUUCUCUUAGUGUUCUCUUAACAAUCAACGUUUACGAAUCGAACGCUAGGGGCAGGCCGUUUCGUUCAAUUGCAUGUGCAUACAUACAAUUUGUGUGUAUAUGUAUAUGUGUAUAUAAAAGGAAGUAAUGACUCUAUAAGAAUAAGUCUGAAACGAAAUCCGAUUAUUACUAUUUUAUUUUUUAUUAUUAUUAUUAUUAUUAUUAUUAUUAUUAUUAUUAUUAUUAAUAUUAUAGCUCAGCACAGACGAUGCUUCCCUCGGUGCGGAUUUAAAUAUCUGUAACAAGUUUACAAACACAUCGUACAUAUUCGUGCAUAGUUCGAUUUGUGAUUAACUUUUAUUUUUUUUCUUUUAUUUUACAUCAGACCUUGGGUUAUUUGUGUUUUUAAUGUAAAUUAUUGUCUAAUUCUUGUUAAUUUCACGAAAGAUUGAUUAUUAUUACAGUACUUGUUUUAUAACAGUUAAAAACACAUGUUAGUAAUAUAAAAAACUUUACGCGUUUUUUUUUCGAUCUAUACACGAGUACUCGCGGUACUUGUUGCGAGGUAUUCUUUGUCUGGCUCUAAAAGUGCAUUAUGCUUACUAACUAUAACGAAUAGUUCGUAGAGUCGCGACUUGCUGACAAUUUGGUUACCGGACGACAAGGAAUAUUUCUUGUAGCAAGUAAUGUUCGUCAAAUGUACCAUAAUGAUUUUACAUUUUAAGAAACUGUUGUCAUUCAGCGCGUUCCUGCGAUGCUCUGCGUCUAUAUUUUACGGACUUUAUAUUUCCCUUUUUGUUACUAUACUCUCGUAAGAAGAAACGAAACGAAGGUCUACGAUGAGCAAUAUAAAUAAAAU